AUGGCUCAGCUUUUGACUGCUGGUCAUCCAGUUGACUUGAGCGAUAAAAACGGCGUGACUCCUUUAAUGUGUGCAGCAGCAAUGAACAUCCCAGAUACGAUCAUGAUGCUAAUUAAAAACGGGGCCAACUUACUUUACCAUGGAGAUGAACGCUUUACAGUUCUUGGCCUCAUUGCCACGAGAGGCAACUGGGACUUGAUAUGGCAGAUUGUGGACUUUGCAGCGGAAAUGGACCCCGAUCCGAUACCCGAGCUGCUCCGAAGCCUACUGUCCGACCUCUAUACCAUGGACUACGAAACCUGCUACGCUGCACAUAAUCUUGGUGGUCCGAACGGCUGUAUCAACUUCUGGUCCAGGGUAAUCUCCAGGCUUGGUAGUCCUAAUUUCUCCUUCCAGGAUGGCACUACCUUGAUGCAAAUGGCGUGGGAUUCCAAGUCUGCGAGGGCUCUAAUCGAUCUGGGCUUUGACAAGUUCAAUCAAGAGGAAGGAGAUUUGCUUGUACACAUCGUUUCGUUUCAUGAUCCCUCAUUGCUCCAGUAUGCUGUUGCGAACGGUGGCGAUGUGCAUGUGCGCAAUGACUGGGGCAGUGUGAGCGUUGACAUGCUGCUAUAUGAUCUUCUCGAGUGCAACUGGAAAAUCCUCCCGACAAUCUGGGAGACUUUGCGGUUUCUGGUCGACAGAAGAGCUCCAAUCUUGUCACUAGAUAAGUCCAUGUGCAAGCUUUUGGUUGAUGACUCUAAGCAGCAUCGGAUGUGGGAAAUUGAGCAAUGGAAUAUAGGGAUCCUGGCGUGGCUUGAGAUGGUAGAGAAUAAGCGAUCGGUAGGAGAGGCGAAGGAAGUCACCCUGGCCGCUCUUCGACAAAUGUCUUUCGAUGAAGCCGAUCUACAUCACGCAUGCUGCACAUUUUGCACCGACGUGGACUCCAAUAUCGACAAUGACCGGUUUUGGGAUAUCCAGGAGCAGAUCAAGAUUGAUGAACUGAACCGAGCUAUGGAAGAGCUGGCGGCAAAGGCAUACCUGGAAUUGAAGAUAGAGGUCAUGGUACGCCUUCGGCGCCAGUGGAGGAGAAAAUAUACGAAACUAUGGCCUGGACCUAAGGCUGGGCCUGUGAGGCAGAUCUUCCGAAGCAAAAGGGAUGAGGAGUUGAAUGAAUUAUUGAAGGCGAUUCGAACCUCGGAACACCCCAGGAUUCCAGAGCCAUUUUUAAGCUCUUGGAAUGGCAUUAUUCAGAAGAACUUGGAUCCUGAUCAUUAUAGCUAUCACUACGAUAUUGAACUAGGUCUGGCCAAGUUUGGGAUUGGCCUUUAUCAAUGCGGAAGUGAUCAGUUUGAGAGCUGGCUUCCACUACUGACCCAAAUGACGGAUGUUCUGCUUGCCGAAGAGGAGUCAGGAGCAUUGGAAUCUUGA